CGGCCAUGGCGUUCUUCCGCGGCCUGACCGCUGUGUCGAGGCUUCGAUCUCGCGUAGCGCAGGAGGCAACCACGCUUGGUGGUGUGAGAUGGCUGCAGAUGCAGAGCGCAUCUGAUCUUGAUCUUAAGUCCCAGCUGCAGGAAUUGAUUCCCGAGCAACAGGAUCGCUUAAAGAAACUUAAAUCAGAGCAUGGAAAGGUCCAGCUUGGAAACAUAACUGUUGAUAUGGUCCUUGGUGGGAUGAGAGGGAUGACUGGGAUGCUUUGGGAAACAUCAUUGCUUGACCCGGAGGAGGGUAUUCGUUUUAGGGGUCUCUCUAUUCCGGAGUGUCAGAAAGUGUUGCCAACAGCAGUUAAAGAUGGGGAACCUUUGCCUGAGGGUCUCCUUUGGCUUCUUUUGACCGGAAAGGUGCCAACCAAAGAGCAAGUCGAUGCUCUAUCAAAAGAAUUGGCUACCCGUUCAAGCAUUCCAGUUCAUGUGUAUAAGGCAAUUGAUGCUCUCCCUGUAACUGCUCAUCCUAUGACACAGUUUACCACAGGAGUGAUGGCACUUCAGGUUGAGAGUGAGUUUCAAAAAGCUUAUGACAAAGGAAUGCCAAAAUCAAAGUUCUGGGAACCUACCUAUGAAGAUUGCUUAAAUUUGAUAGCUCGCCUUCCACCAGUGGCUUCAUAUGUUUACCGGAGGAUCUUCAAGGAUGGAAAAACUAUAGCGGCUGAUAAUACACUGGAUUAUGCAGCAAACUUUUCACACAUGCUUGGUUUUGAUGACCCCAAAAUGCUCGAGUUGAUGCGACUAUAUGUAACAAUCCACACUGAUCAUGAAGGUGGAAAUGUCAGUGCUCAUACUGGACAUCUGGUUGGAAGUGCUCUGUCGGAUCCUUAUCUUUCUUUUGCAGCUGCACUGAAUGGUUUAGCUGGACCAUUGCACGGCUUGGCUAAUCAGGAAGUGUUGUUGUGGAUCAAAUCUGUAAUAGGUGAGACUGGUAGUGAUGUUACAAUUGACCAACUCAAAGAGUAUGUGUGGAAGACACUAAAAAGUGGAAAGGUUGUUCCUGGCUUUGGUCAUGGAGUGCUACGCAAGACCGAUCCACGAUAUACAUGUCAGAGGGAGUUUGCUCUGAAGUAUUUGCCUGAGGAUCCACUUUUCCAACUGGUCUCCAAGUUGUAUGAUGUUGUGCCUCCGAUCCUCACUGAGCUUGGCAAGGUCAAAAACCCAUGGCCUAAUGUUGAUGCUCACAGCGGAGUUCUACUGAACCACUUUGGAUUAUCUGAAGCUCGGUAUUACACUGUCCUUUUCGGCGUUUCAAGGAGCAUUGGGAUAGGAUCUCAGCUCAUUUGGGACCGUGCUCUUGGCCUGCCGCUCGAAAGACCGAAGAGUGUCACCAUGGAGUGGCUGGAAAACUACUGCAAGAAGGCUGCUGCUUGAAGCUGCACACGCCUACACGGCUGUUUUUUUUUUUUUUUUUUUGUUUUUACUCUUUGGGCAUCCUUGAUGCCAAUAACAGAGCAUAAACUCGAAACACCUAGCCACAUUUUACUCUUUUUGCCCCCUGGGCCAAUAACAAGAGGAAGAUGCUCUCCGCUGGUAGGAUUUUGUAACCA